UCAAUUAAUUAGACAGAGACAGAGUCUGAGAAACAGAGCUUUUCUUGUGUCCAGGCACAGAGAGCGAGAGAAACAGGGGAUACAGAGACAGCCAAAUGGUGUUCAACAGCUCGAUGGUGCUCUCGGUGGCGCACGUGUCCGCCGACGCAUGGCAAUUCAUAGCGUGCAUGCCAGAGCGGCUGAGCAGCCAGCAGCUGUUGGAUCUCAUCUGCUGCUUCCCAUUACAGCAACUGGGUCGCCUCGCUCUCUGCUUCUGGACUUUUCUCUGCCUCCCUCCUCCUGAUACCUUCUACUACUCCUAUUCCUCCUCCUCCGACGGUGACGAGGACUCCGAUGACUCUUCCUCCACCGUCAAUUACAACCACUACUACUACCACUCCCAUUCUGAUUGAUUCUCUCUCACUGGAAUUCAUGCACAGAACUUGUAGGAUGGACAGGAGACCGAUUCUUUGGAUGAAUUCCUGGCUAUGUUAAAGAAUUGCAGUGUUUGACAGAAAAAUGACUGGAGAUCAUCGCUAAGCAGGCGUAGGCUUCUUGGUUGGUUGCUUUUAUGGUCAUUGCUGGGUGAGAAGGAAUUUUUUUCUAUGUAAGAUAGUGUAGAGGACCACAGUUCUGAUUAUUGGAUCUCUAGGGAUUUUUAUUUUCCUAGUGGGGUGAUAUCCGUGACUUAAAUCUUAUUAAAGAUUGUAUUGAAAAGAGUAUAUGAUAGUUAUAUUAAAAGUAAAAUAAUAACUCAAUCUUGUAUAGCAUCAAUAA